UGACAUUGACGGUAAAAUAAGUUUGUGUUUAUGUCAAUUUCAAAAAGUUUGUGACGCUAUGUUUACGUUGAAGUUAAUUUUACUUUUAAGUGUUUUAUUCAAUUUUAAGGAGUGACAACAAUUGCUGAAUAUAAAACCAUGGAUGAAACAUACUCGGAAAGUGAUGUUUCCUUGUCGCCUUCUCAAAUAUUGGAGCGAUUACAAGUUUUACGACAACUUCAGUUGAUGCAGCGCGGGAAGCUACAAAAACAACGUUUGCAAUACAAAGAGACUUCUGAAACUUCGUCUAGUAUAACUGAAAUCGUCAGCCAUUUUAGCAACAGUACCAGUUAUAAUACUUUUCGUAGUUUAUUGCAGUCUUCCACUGAUAUUUCAAACGAGGGUACGCCGCGAGUCAAUUCGAAUGACUUGGCACAUAAAGUACAAGAAAAGGAUUUAAUUGAAGGGGUGUCUGUGCUGAAUUUAUCUCAGGAAUCCGAGUUAAUGGUUUCCCCAACUAUAUCAAGCAGAAGUGCCUCAGCUUCAGUGCAGACUAGAAGUCAAGAACUUGUCAAAGGAAUAAACGAAUCUCAGACUAACGAUCUAUCGCUACAUAACAAUAACAACAUAUCUUCAAACUCUCCUUCAUACAAAAACAAUGUAAAUACUUCAGUGAAAAAACAAAUAUCGCUUGAAGAAAUGCCUAUUCUGUCACCCAAAAGGGAUUUUGAGGCUUUGAUAAUAGAAAAACUAAAACACGAAGUUAAUAAACCCAUAGUUAAAAGCCCACAGCAAAAAGAAACUAAAAAUACUGUAAAUAAAAGACCAUUUCUUAGAAGAGGUGAAGGUAUUGCUCGGUUUGGCCUAAAGAAAAAGGAUUUUGUCAUUCAAAAAACAACAGCAUUGCCAUGGAAGAAAAAAGGUGUACAAACUAAAAACACGGAAUCACCAUUAAAACUAAACAUAAAAGAACUAAAGGCCCAAAAUAAAAAUAAACAAAAAGACAAAAGUAAUGAAAUUGAUAAUAAAAAAAGAGACCUUUCAUCAGAUAAAAAUAAAAAUAUAGAGAAAAAUACCAAAUUCGAAUCCCAGUCAUCCGAACCUUCAAUGUUACUAACAGAUUUAAAACAAGCAACUUUAACUCGGAAAACUCAACCGAAACAAAAGUUCUCUAUAGAAAAGACAGAACAUAAACUUAAUGUAAAUGAUAAUAAACAACCCUUACCUGACCAUGGAAGUCCAAAUGGUUGCCACAUGGAACCCAUACUAAAACCAAUGCAUCAAGUGGAAACUAAAAGUAAUAAACACCCAUUGGUUGUGAACAAAGGCAAGACCUGGGCAGCAGUUCUCACUAAAGAACAGAAUGACUUCCUCAGCCAACUUAAACAAAGCGAAUACUACAAGAAUUUCACUUCUCCCACAAAAAGUGUGGCUUCAGAUGCAAGCUGUGAUGAAAGCAUGAUAAAGUUAAGACAGGAACGAGAAAAUGCUGAACAAAAUAUGUUUGAACUUCUAGAAAACAAAGUCACUCAUGAAAGCUUCAAUUUAGAAAACUCGUUUUACAAUCGCUUCUUGAGGAGAAAUCUAGAGUAUUCUGGUGAAAGUACACCACUGGUGAUGCAGAGAUGUCUCUCAGAGAAUCCAGAACUAAUGCAUAUAUUUCCAGGACUGAAUGGUAAGAAGAGGAAUGAGAACUCUCAAAGUGAUGCUGAAUCUUGUAGUUGUGCAGACUGCUGCAGUGAAGUAGGCUCUUCUGUAUCAUGCUGUUCCUGUAAAACUGUUGAUGAAACCAAGCAUCCUGUACCAGAUAAGAAUACUAAGAAAAAAAGUUCUGAUCAAAAGAGUAAGCCACAAAUUAAAAGCAAAAAGGAGGUUGAAAACAAUGAAAGUCAAGACAACACUUUGACAGAAAAUGAUGUCAUUAAAGCUAACAUGGUAGAAAUGAAUGCCAAGCUAAUAGCCACUAGUGAACUGUUGAAAGACAGACUUAAUGAAUUAGAAGAUGAAAUUGAAACAUUUAGAAAUGAAAAUUCUAAUUUGGCUAAAUUACGGGAGGAAGUUGAUCGAGAUAAACAGAAGUUCUAUGAAGAAAAAGCAGCGUUCGAACAAAAGUUUAAUGAAGAAAAAGUUUUAGCAGAAUAUUACCUAGCAGAGGAAAAAGAAAAGCUAAAUAAACAGAAACAAAUGUAUGAAAGGUAUGUUAGGGAAAUGAGAGGCAGACUCAAUAAGAAAGAAAAAGAUGAAGUUGUUAAUCUAAAGAAAGAAAUUAACGACCUCAAAGACGAAAUACGAUUGAAAGACGCAAAAUCAACUUCGACAAUCGCAAGACUACGGAACCAAAUAAAAAUAAUGGAAAAAGAAAAGAAAGAUUUGCAGGAAGAAGUUGAGAAACUUAAAAAGCAAAAUAGACGUAUCCAACAUAGUAAUGAAAUAACCAGGCGAAUGACGAAUAUAAAAUAUUUAGAAGAAAUCAAUAAGAAAUUAACAAACAUGUCUACAAAAGACUCGCGUUCAGAAGUUAGUACAGAUCCAGAUAUCAAGUAUAAAGCUUAUGAAAUUGAAAGACAGAGCAGAAUUAGGAAAGUCGUGCCAACAGCUAAGGGCACAAUGAGACCUAGAGCAAAAAGUGUUCCUAAUCUAAAAGUCACUUCUAGAUAUGCGAAAUACUUUAGUCAGAGAGAUACCAUGAGUCAUACAGAUCAUGACACACUGGCCAAUGUUGAAAGGUAUCAGAAUUCUGAUGAAGAGAACUUUGAUGCUGCAUCAGACAUAGUUUCAAAUGAAUCGCUCAAUGGAGGCAAUGCUGAAAAUGAAGCAAAUAAUCUAGAAAAAAUAUACAUGGAGCGAUUCAGGUCAACGUCUCCGAAAAGCAAUAGAUCAAGUGGUUCCAACUCCAAUUUCGAGUACGGUUUGACCGCAAAACCAGAUUUGAAUGAGAAUACAAAAGGCUUUUUCAUACAAAAAUCUAGUUCUGGGUCUUCUAGAAAUUCUAAAUCUCCAAGGAGAACUAUUUCCCCUUGCUUAACAGCUGAGACAAAUAUGAAUAGGAGUAAGUCGCCAGUUUCUAUAUUGAGUAAUAAAUCGAAAGACAAAUCGCCUAUUUCCCACACCUCUGUAGACUAUGUUCCGAGUCAUUCAAGUUCAAAUAGUUCGCGCAACAAAUCAAAGUCUCCAGUCUCCUCAUACAACAACUCUUCACUAAAGUCUCUUACUGUGAUACAUAAUGAACAAUACAGGGACAAACUGAUGUCUCUGAGCCCAGAACCUUCUGUUAGCAAAACCAGUUUCACGAAGACGAGUCUAAAUCCAACAGAAUAUAGAAAACCUGAUGGGUCUAGAGAACUUAGGUUCCCAAAUGGAAAUGUUAAGAUAAUAUCAGCUGAUGGGAAGUACAGCAAGUUUGUGUAUUACAAUGGAGAUGUGAAGGAGAAUUUCUACAGUGAGGGUAGGAUUAAAUAUUACUAUGCGGAAACAAAAACGUUCCACACUACUCAUGCUGAUGGAUUGGAAGUUUUGGAGUUUCCUGAUGGCCAAGUAGAAAAGCGCUACAAGGAUGGUUCCUCAGAGAUCCGAUUACCGAAUGGCAGCGUCCGUUAUUUCGACCCAAAGAACGAGCACGUGCGAGAGGAGUGGCGAUUCCCUGACGGCGCCGCGCUCACCGUGGCAGCCAGCGGAGAGCAAAGGAUCGUGUUCAGUAAUGGACAGAUUGAAGUGCAUGCGAAAGAUCAUAAGCGUCGCGAGUUCCCUGAUGGCACAGUGAAACUAGUAUACAAUGAUGGUACAUCGGAAACGCGUUACUCUUCAGGGCGCGUGCGCAUCAAAGACAAACAUGGUAAUCUCAUAAUGGACUCUGCGUCAGGAUAAAGCUACGUAAAAUUGUACCUUAUCAUGUAUGGAAUAGGGUUGAUAUUGUAUUGAAGUACAUUAUAGUUCUAUUUCUAAGCUCCUAGAUGAAGUUAUGUGAAUAGUAUCUUAAAAUGUGCUCCAUAUGGUUGAUAUUGGAAUGAAGUGCCUUGAAGGCCCCACUGUUAUACUGUUAGCACUUGUAAUUAUAAAAUGAAUUUAUUUAAUGCUAUUUAUUGUUUUUCUGACAACUGGAGCUGGAUACUCCUAGUCUUCAACUUCUAUCACCCAUAGGUCCUAUACCUCUCUUUUCACAUACUAUUGUUAAAAAUUCUCUCUUGAUGAAAUCUUGACUUUUUUCUACUGACAAUAUUAGUAUUCUAGAUGUGACUUUUGUACAGUUCCUUGUGAUAAUUAGCUUCUAUUUGUUAAUAUGAAUUGUUUUUAGGAUUUUUAAUUUAGUUGUAAUGUUUAUAUCAUUACUUUUGUAAGGAAAAUGUGAUUGAAUAAAGGAUGUUAUAUUUAAUGUG